AUGUGGUUUAAUCUUGAUGGUAAAUUUGGCCCUGACGUGACUCUUAAUGAAUACAUAAGAAAUGUAGCAAACCUGAAAGGGACUAAGUAUAUGUGUAAUGAAGGCGGCUGUGGCGUCUGUAUUGUUUCUGUUCAAGUAGCAUUACCUCCAGCACAAGAAAUCAAAACUUUUGCUGUCAAUUCUUGUUUGGUAUCAAUUCUAUCUUGUCAUGGAUGGGAAAUAACUACCAUAGAAGGUAUCGGAAAUAAAAACAAAGGGUAUCAUGAAAUUCAACAGCGGUUGACAAAAUUCAGCGGAACUCAAUGUGGAUAUUGCUCACCUGGAAUGGUCAUGAACAUGUACAGCAUUUACAAGAAUAAAAAUGGAAAAUUAACAUCUUCUGAAAUAGAAAAUUCGUUUGGAGGCAACAUUUGUCGAUGUACAGGAUACCGUUCGAUAGCUGAUGCUUUUAAAUCUUUUGCAACCGAUGCUAACCAUGAACUCUUAAAACAAGUUGAAGAUAUUGAAGAUUUAGGCGCUGCUAAAUGCCCAAAAAAUUGUAUUCAUAAGAAAUGCAAAAUUAUAGAGAGAACGAACAAAAACGAAAUUUAUUAUAAAUCUGGUGAUAUAGGAGAAAAAGAGUCGUGUAAAUUUGAAGGAAUAAAGACACAGACAGAUAUGCUUAUUAUCGAUUGUGGAGCGUAUACAUGGUAUAAGAUAAUGCCACGAGCACAAAAUGCGCAUGCUAUAGUAAAUGCUGGAUUUCUCUUAAAAUCUUACCCUAACUCAAGACUAUUAGAAAGUGCCAUUAUAGUGUAUGGAGGAAUAUCGAACACUUUUAUACACGCUGAAAUUACUGAAGGCAUUUUAACAGGCAGAGACCCAUUUACUAACGAAACAUUGCAAUUGGCUUUAGGAACUUUGCUGGAUGAAAUAAAACCUGUACAUAAUCCUCCAGACCCAUCGGUAGACUUUAGGAAAAUGUUGGCUGUAUCACUUUUCUAUAAGGCAAUAUUGUAUUUGUGCCCAGAUGAUAUGAUAAAUCCUAUAUACAGAUCCGGAGGCGAAAUAUUGAAAAGAAGUAUUUCACAUGGAACUCAAAGUUUUGAAACAGAUAAAAACGUUUGGCCUCUUAACCAACCGGUGAAUAAAAUAGAAGCAAUAGCCCAAUGUAGCGGAGAAGCUAUUUAUUCCAAUGAUAUAACUAUAGAAUCUGAAGAAAUUUUCGCUGCAUUUGUUACAGCAGACGCAAAUGUUGGAAGUAUUGUUAGUGGUUUCGAUGUCACUGAAGCUUUUAAACUUCCAGGAGUACUAAGUAUUUAUACUGCCAAAGAUAUUCCAGGAGAUAACACAUUUACUCCAUCUAAUAUUCCGAUAAUGACCGCAAAAGAAGAAAUUCUUUGCUCUGGAAAAGUCAUGUUCUACGGUCAACCAGCAGCUAUUAUAGUUGCUAGUCGAGAAAAAACAGCUAUAAAAGCAGCAAAUUUGGUUAAAAUAAUGUACUCGCAUGUAAGCACUCAGAAACCUUUACUCACAGCAGAUGAUGUGUUUGAUUCUGUUGAAGUGAAAGAAAGAACAAUGAAUAAUAUAUCAAUAGCACCGACAGACAUCGGUAACGACGUUAAACAUGUGCUUAAAGGAGAAUUCAAGUUGAAAAGUCAAUGUCACUUUUUUAUGGAACCUCAAACUUGCGUAGUGAAACCAGUCGAUGAUUCUCUGGAAGUUUAUUCUUCUACUCAAUGGCUCGAUUUAACUAGUACUGCUAUAGCACAAUGUCUAAAAAUACCUCUUAAUAAAGUAAAUGUUAUAGUGCGUCGAGUUGGUGGUGGUUACGGAGGAAAAAUAUCUCGAUCCUCCCAAAUAGCUUGCGCGACAGCUUUAGUAUCAUUCUUACAGGGAAAAUCUUGUAGAUUUAUCCUACCUUUAAUGACAAAUAUGAAAUCUCUUGGAAAACGUCUUCCUGUGCAAAACAAGUUUGAAGUCGGAAUUAAUGAUGAUGGUAAAAUACAAUAUCUUAAGAAAGAAUUUUACCACGACAAUGGACAUUCAUUUAAUGAAAACAUUUCUGCUACUACUGUAAUGCAUAUUACAAGCUCCUAUGAUACGAGAAGGUGGCAAAUUGACGCUAAUAGUGUAAUCACUGAUAAUGCAUCUAACACAUAUUGCAGGUCCCCAUCAUCUACAGAAUCAAUUGCAAUGGUAGAAAAUAUCAUGGAAUUCAUUGCGUACUCUAUAGGGAAAGAUCCGAUAGAAGUCCGUCUUCAAAAUAUGCUACUAGAAAAGAAUCCCCUACCAGAAAUGAUAAUUCAACUGAAAAAUGAUUCUGAAUAUGAUUCUCGCCUAAAUAAUAUUAAAAUUUACAAUGAACAAAAUCGUUGGACGAAAAAAUCUCUAAAAAUAAUGCCUAUGACAUUCGAAAUAUUUUAUUUCGGAAACUUUAAUUCCGUGAUUUCUAUUUACCACGCUGACGGGUCAGUGGUCAUUCACCAUGGUGGUAUAGAAAUGGGACAGGGAUUAAAUACGAAAGUGGCACAAGUAUGUGCUUAUGUUUUGGGAGCACCUUUGUCAAAAAUAGAAAUACAACCUAGUUCCAGCUUCAUUUCUCCAAAUGCCAUGGUAACCGGAGCGAGCAUAGGAAGUGAAUGUGUUGCUUUUGCUACUAUGAAAGCGUGUGAAAUAAUUCUCGAAAGAUUAGCACCAAUAAAAGAAACUGAGACUUUAUCCUGGGAGGAACUUAUUUCCACAGCAUAUGCAAAAGGAAUAGAUCUACAAGCAUCUUAUAUGUAUUCAGGGAAAGAUGAUUUGCAGCCUUACAACGUGUAUGCUGUAUGUGCUUUGGAACUAGAAAUUGAUUUGUUGACGGGAAAUCAUGAUGUAAAGAGAGUCGAUUUACUGGAGGAUACAGGAAGAAGUUUGAGUCCUAUUAUUGAUAUUACACAGAUAGAAGGUGCUUUUGCUAUGGGUUUGGGAUAUUGGACAUCAGAAGACCUUGUUUACGACGAAGUUACGGGUAAAUUGCUAACGGACACAACUUGGACAUAUAAACCUCCGGGAUUUAAAGAUGUACCAGCUGACCUGAGAAUAUACUUUCGAAGGAAUGCAGGAAAUGAGUUUGGUGUCCUUCAAUCUAAAGCUACUGGUGAACCAGCAUUUUGUUUGGCCACAGUUUUACUUCAUGCAAUCCGUGAAGCACUACAGUCAGGUAGACACGACUCCGGUUAUCCUGACGAGUGGCUAGACAUAGUGGAUGGAAGAUUUGGUCCGGAUGUAUCUCUUAAUGAAUACAUAAGAACUGUAGCUGAUCUCCGUGGAACUAAGGUGAUGUGCCAAGAAGGUGGAUGUGGGGCUUGUAUAGUAGCAGUCAAGGCUGCCUUACCUCCAACACAUGAAGUUAAAAUCUUUUCAGUGAAUUCUUGUCUCGUUUCGGUACUGUCAUGUCACGGAUGGGAGGUAACAACAGUUGAAGGAUUGGGAAAUAGAAAUGAAGGGUAUCAUGAAAUACAAAGUCGAUUGGCAAGUUUCAAUGGAACUCAGUGCGGUUACUGCACCCCGGGUUGGGUUAUGAACAUGUACAGUUUAUACCUAUCUAAAAACAAAAAAUUAAGUACAGCUGAAGUUGAAAAUUCAUUUGCAAGUAACAUUUGCCGAUGCACAGGCUAUAGACCAAUAGCUGAUGCUUUUAAGAGUUUCGCUACUGACGCUGAGGAGAGGUUAAAGAAAAAGAUUAUUGAUAUUGAAGAUAUGGCUACAUUUACAUGUUGUGGCUUCAAAUGUAGCAAAAACUGUGUACACAAAAGUGAUGGUACAAAAAAUACAAAUGACGAUGACUGGUGUCUCAUCGACAGAACUACCAUAAAAACGCUUACCAUUAAAAGCGAUAAACACAAAUGGUUCAAAGUUAAUACGUUAGCUGAAGCCUUUAAGGCUAUGUCUGAUCAUCAUGAUUACAAAUUGAUUGCCGGAAACACUGGACAAGGAGUGUACCAUGUUUCGGAAUAUCCUAAAAACAUAAUCGAUAUAUUCAAUGUCACAGAAAUAAAAGGAUAUUCUUUGGAUGUUAAUUUAAUUCUUGGAUCUGGAAUGGUUUUAACGGAUAUGAUGGAAGUGUUUUUAAAAUUUUCUUCAGAAAAUAAAGACUUUGCCUAUUUGAAAGAAUUCUAUCAACACAUGGAUUUAGUAGCACAUAUUCCUGUGCGAAAUAUUAUGCCUCGCUCACAAAACGCACACGCCAUUGUGAACGCUGGGUUUUUAAUAAAGUUCAAGGAAAAUGAUUUAAUCGAUAAAGUAAACAUUUUGUAUGGAAACAUAACCCCUCAAUUUAUCCACGCGGAGAAUACGGAGAAAGUUUUAAUUGAUAAGGAUCCAUUUACCGACGACACACUGCAAUUGGCUUUGAAGAACUUAUAUGAAGAGAUUCAUCCUGACUCAAGACCUCCCGAACCUUCGCCUGAAUACAGAAAACUAUUAGCAGUAGCACUGUUUUAUAAAGCUAUAUUAAGUUUGUGCCCUGAGGGAAAACUAAAUGAAACCUAUCGUUCCGGUGGUGACGUCAUCAAACGGCAUUCAUCAACUGGCACACAAACAUACGAUACAGAUGAGAGCGUGUGGCCAUUAAAUAAACCAGUAGCGAAAUUGGAAGCACUGGUACAAUGUAGCGGUGAAGCCACCUUCGCAAAUGAUUUUCCGACGCAAACGAAUGAAGUGUAUGCCGCUUUUGUUACAGCUGACAUAAAACCUGGCAGUAUUAUCACGGGAUUCGAUACAACUAAUGCAUUUAAAAUUCCAGGAGUAUUGGCUUUUUACUCUGCAAGUGAUAUCCCAGGAGAAAAUAAUUUCACUCCCACCAAUGUCUCAUUUAUAAGUACCGAAGAAGAAAUAUUAUGCUCAAAAGAAGUUCAAUAUCAUGGACAGGCAGUGGGCAUCAUAGUUGCUGAUAGAGAGAAAACAGCAAAUAACGCUGCUAAGCUUGUUGACAUUAAAUAUAAAACAAGUGACGCACAACCAUUACUAUCAAUAUCAGAUGUUCUAGCAUCUAAUGAGCAUCAAAGAAUCAACAAGAUCAAAGAUAUAGAACCCACUGAUACUGGAAGUGACGUGAAAAAUAUUAUUAACGGGGAAAUUAUUCUAGAAUCACAAUACCAUUAUUAUAUGGAACCUCAGACAUGUGUUGCCCGACCAACAGAAGAUGGAUUUGAAAUUUAUUCUUCAACUCAAUAUCUUGACUUAACGAACGUUGCUGUUGCCCAGUGCUUAAAUAUGCCUGUUAAUAGCAUAAAUGUGAUAGUUAGAAGAGUGGGAGGUGGUUAUGGUGGUAAAAUAACAAGAUCAUCACAAGUAGCCUGUGGGGCAGCGCUAGUUUCGCAUUUACAAGGAAAACUAUGCAGAUUUGUUCUACCUCUGCAAACAAACAUGAGAACCGUAGGUAAACGGGUUCCAACUUAUUGUAAAUUCGAGGAUAAUGGAUGUUCAAUAAACGAAACAAUUGCUCUUAUGACUUUAAACCACUUCCCUAAUUGCUAUGAUACCAAACGAUGGAGUAUUGAAGCAUAUACAGUGAUAACAGAUACACCUUCAACUACAUGGUGCAGGGCGCCGGCAUCCACUGAAGGUAUCGCAAUUAUUGAAUACAUCAUGGAAAAGAUAGCUUACACUUUAAAGAAAGAUCCACUGGAAGUAAGGUUUUUAAAUAAAAAACAGGGUGACAACCCUAUUCCUGAAUUGAUAGAGCAAUUGAAAAAGGAUUCAAAUUUUGACGACAGACUAGCAGAAAUAAAACAAUUUAAUGAAAAAAACCGUUGGAGAAAGAGAUCACUCAAAAUAAUGCCCAUGACUUACGAGAUGUUUUACAUAGGCCCGUUUAAUGCAAUCGUUUCUAUUUAUCAUGGGGACGGUUCCGUCGUUAUAACUCAUGGAGCUACUGAAAUGGGGCAAGGCAUUAACACCAAAACGGCUCAAGUUUGUGCUUAUAUGUUUGGCAUACCAUUAGAAAGGGUAAGUAUAAAACCCAGCACAAGUUUCACAUCACCGAAUUGCAUGGGCACUGGUGCUAGUGUUGGAAGUGAACUAGUGGCAUAUGCUACCACAAAAGCAUGUGAAAUUUUGUUAGAUAGAUUGAAACCUAUACGAGAAAAAAUGGGUAAUCCUGCUUGGGAAGACCUCAUCAGAGAGGCACAUGAAUCUGGAGUUUAUUUACAAGCAUCACACAUGUAUUCAACUUUUGAGCCUGUUAAGCCCUAUGAUAUUUAUGGCAUCAUCGCUAUGGAGAUUGAACUAGACAUUCUGACCGGAAAUCAUGACAUAAGAAGGGUAGAUUUAUUGGAAGAUACAGGUAGAAGUUUGAAUCCUGAAAUAGAUAUUGGUCAGAUUGAAGGGGCAUUUGUUAUGGGUCUAGGUUACUGGACGUCAGAGAAAUUAGUAUACGAUCGUGAAACUGGAAGAUUAUUGACAGAUCGUACCUGGACAUAUAAACCUCCGGGCAUAAAAGAUAUACCAGCCGAUUUUAGGGUAUACUUCCGAAGAAAUAGUAGCAAUAAAUUCGGAGUUUUACAAUCUAAAGCCACAGGAGAGCCGUCGUUAUGUUUAGCAUCAGUAAUAACACUUGCAUUUCGGGAAGCAGUAUCUCAAGCACGCCGGGAUGCAGGAUAUGAAGAUAAAUGGAUUCAUAUAGGUAAAAUGCAGUUACCAAAGCACUUGAAGGUUGCGGCGGGCUGUUCAGGAGCCGCUAUAUUUGGAGUCCUCUUUGGAUGGGUGAUUUUUCCGACCAUUUUAAAAAGCCAACUUAAAAAGGAAAUGGCUUUAUCAAAGAAAACAGAUGUGAGAAAAAUGUGGGAGAAAAUACCUUUCGCGUUGGACUUCAAAGUGUACCUCUUCAAUUACACCAAUCCAGACGAAAUACAUAAGGGCGCUUUACCAAUUGUUAAGGAAAUUGGUCCUUAUCAUUUUGAGGAAUGGAAGGAAAAAGUUGAAGUUGUAGAACACGAUGACACAGAUACUAUAGAUUACAAGAGACUGGAUACAUUUAUCUUCAACAAAAAGCUGUCAGGACCUGGCCUGACAGGUGAAGAGGUCAUCGUUCUACCUAACGUCUUUAUGAUGGGAAUUAUUUCAAAAGUUUAUGUUGAGAAACCGGCAAUGCUCAAUAUGAUAGGCAAAGCAAUAAACGGCAUUUACGAUAAUCCAACCACCAUCUUCUCUCCCAUCAAUGUGAUGGAUCUGCUCUUCAGAGGAACUGUUAUAAAUUGCAAUCAAAAUGAAUUUGCACCGAAAGCUGUGUGCACAGCUUUGAAGAAGGAAGGUGCGGAUAAAUUAAUAUAUGAACCAAAUAACCAGUACCGCUUCUCCCUAUUUGGAAAGCGCAAUGGCACCGUAGAUUCACAAGUUAUAACAGUAAAACGAGGAGUGAAGAACGUUAUGGAUGUGGGCAAAGUUGUAGCUCUGGACGGAAAAACAGAACAGGAUAUUUGGAAAGAUCAGUGCAAUGAACUCAUCGGCACAGAUGGUACUGUUUUCCCUCCAUUUUUAACAGAAUUCGAUAGACUGGAAUCCUUCUCUACUGAAUUAUGCAGAACUUUUAAGCCCUGGUACCAAAAGAAAACAUCCUACAAUGGAAUAAAGACGAAUCGAUAUAUUGCCAACAUUGGUGACUUAGCGAACGAUCCUGAACUACAGUGUUACUGUGACGAACCUAGCAGUUGCCCACCUAAAGGUCUAAUGAAUAUGGCUAAGUGCAUGGGAGUGUCAAUGUAUGCUUCAUUACCUCACUUUUACGGCUGUGAACAAGAUAUUAUAAACAACGUCAAAGGUCUAAGUCCAGAUGUUAAUGAACAUGAAAUAGUCAUAGAUUUUGAGCCAAUAACCGGUACACCAAUGGUUGCUAAGCAAAGAGUACAACUUAGUAUGCAGCUUCUUAAGACUGAUAAAAUUGAACUUUGCAAAAAUCUGCCAGAUGUUAUCUCACCUUUAUUCUGGAUAGAAGAGGGAAUUGCCCUCAAUAAGACCUUCGUAAAUAUGCUGAAGCAUCAGCUUUUUCUGCCGAAGAGGAUUGUAGGAGUGGUGCGCUGGCUUCUAGUGUCCUCGGGACUGUUGGGGCUACUGGCUUGUCUGGUAUUCCACUUCAAAGACAACAUAAUGCGUUUCGCUGUCUCGGAUCCUGUAGCAGCAACGAAAGUUAACCCAGAAGUGGAACAAAAAGAUAAUUCAAUUUUAGAGCCGGCCAAAAUUGAAAUAUAA